UGCCAAAUCGUUCCCUCUUUUCUCUGGUCAGCGUCGGCAGUUGCAUCCCUCUCUCCCCAUUCUCACAUCUCGAGCCGGCGUUCCGUUCAUCCGUGGCUUGUGAGUGAAAUUACUAGGCCAGCGAGCAGCGAGAGAAAGAAUGGAGAUAGUUCGUCGUCCUCAACUGAAGUCUACUGCAAUCGAUCGCGGCGUUCCAACUCUUCCGCUCUACCGCUCGGCUCCAUCUCUCGAAGUCCGGCUCGAGGAUUUCGAGCUCUACGCCAUAGAUCGACUCCGAGUCCUCACGGGCAUUUCCGAUGGAUUGUCUCGCGGGAAGAGGCCCGAGGAAAUGGAGAAACUGGUCGCUGAACUGUGGAAAGCGAACAUGAGGCAUCCCCAAGCAUCGGAGGUCAUGAACAAGGAUAUCAUCUCUCAUUUCGUUCUCCGUCUUGUCUACUGUAGAACGGAAGACUUACGGAAGUGGUUUCUUUCCAUGGAGACGGCUCUUUUCCGCUAUAGGUUCCGCCUUCAGACGGCUGAAGCUCAGAGGGCUGUAUUGGCUGAGUUUCAACUUCCUUACAAGGCAGUCACUACGUCAGAGUUCGAGGUUAUAAAGGACAAACUGACUCUAGUUGCCCGUUCAAUCAACCAAACUUUACCUACAGCUGAUGCUAUAUUUUACAAGGUUCCAUUUCAAGAAGUUCCCGAACUUGUGGCUGGCCGUAGAGUUUUCCUAAGCGAUGGGUAUGCUUAUGUCGCCAUGAAUCAGGUCGUGUCUCUUGUGGCCACUCAGUUUCGAAGUCUUCUCUCCAAAGCGCUCACUCUAACUAACAGGAAAUGGAUGUCUACCAUUAGAGAACAGGAGAAGGAUAGGUUAACUCCUAUCGUGGAAGCCUUAUCAAUGAGCUACGUGGGUCCUGACUAUUCUGUGGGAAGGGAAUUUGGUGAGUUGUCGCUGAAAGACAUCGACAAUGUGGCCAAGAGCUCGUUUCCCUUGUGCAUGCGCCAUCUAUUUGACAAACUCAGAGAGGAUCAUCAUCUAAAGCACUGGGGGAGAAUGCAAUUGGGUCUCUUUCUCAAGGGAGUUGGGCUGAAGUUGGAUGAUGCGCUUGCUUUCUGGAAGGCAGAGUUCUCUCAAAAGGUUGGAGCAGAGAGAUUUGAUAAAGAAUAUGCAUACAGUAUUCGGCACAAUUAUGGCAAAGAAGGGAAGAGAGUGGACUAUACGCCUUACUCAUGUCAAAAGAUCAUCUCCUUAACUCCUAGUGUAGGAGAUCAUCACGGAUGUCCUUAUCGUCAUUUUAGCGAAGAGAACUUAAGAGCGGCACUGUGUAAGAUGGGAGUAAACAGUGGCGGGGUGGAGGAUGUGAUGGACAAAGUGCGACAUAAGCACUAUCAGUUAGCAUGCACGUUAACAUUCGAAGCCAUCCAUGGCUGUCCAAACGACGCUGGAAUUAACCAUCCCAAUCAGUACUUCAGCGACAGCCAGAAGAUACUAAAGUCCAAGGUAAAAUGCCUGAGAAUAUCUUUUCUUCUUACUAGCGUCAUUGAUUGGGAAUUCCCGCCCAUUUCAACGGUGCACAGUUUACACCCAUAGAUGGUGAUUUAACUUCCAUCUGAGUGCUUCAUAAUUACUUUGGUGGUACUUGGGUUUUGUCUGGAUAGUCGAAAAUUGAUAUCAGUUGGUUUUAUGCGGUUCACAUGCUCACAGCUCGCAUGAAAUUCUCCAGAGUAGAAUCUAGCUGGUUUCCCAUGAUUUAGGAAUAAGCUCAACAAUAAUGUGUUAUUCCAUCGACAUAAUCUCAUUAACCUACCUCUGCUCGUUGGUUCCACUUGGCCUUUAAUGGACACAUUAAAUAUGAAUACUGGUGGCUCUGGUCCAUGAACUUGCACGCUAAUUCUGCCUCUACUGUACUUUUCUGUUAAAACCUUGAUAUUGCGUCAAGCGAAAGGUCCAAGUGCUUUUUAAAAAAAAAAUAUAUUUACAUCAAGGACAUGGAUUUGUUAAUGCCGUGGUCAUUGAGAUUCGGCUAAUGACUCGCAGGUUCCUUCGACCGCUGAGUAGCUUUUGGGAAUUGUGAUUACGUUGUUUAGAUCAUCAGGUGUUUCCAGGUAUGUUCUAAUUUACUUGAAGCACCGAACAUAUCUGCUUCAUCCUUGUUAUUGGAACGUUGUUCCCUGCAAUUGUUGCAUGUGUAAUCAUUAGAAUCAACGUUAAGGGCCUAAAUAUGCAGGAAUUGAUCCGUGAUCUCACUUAUUAGAAGAGAUGUGGGGAGUAGAAGUGCAAGCAGGCCAUGUGUUGUACUUUUGCACCAGUGACUGUUGGGCGUAGCUUAAGAUUAGUUGGCUGUUGAUGGCUUGGGGUGGUUAAACUGAAGUUUGAUUACUCUACGCAAAAUAGAAUCUUCGUCUGAUUCCAACCAACCUUGGGACACCUGACAGGCAGACUUCAGCUUAACGUCCUCUAAAAAGGAAAGGCCUAACCAGUAACCACCGGAACCUUUGAGAUACGUAGCUUUUAACUGCCGACUGUUGGCAUUAGGCGUUCCUGUUGGGAUAGGUUCACACCCACUAUUUGCAUUCUAUUAGCUGAGAUGUAUGAAUCACACUCUGCAAAGAAACUGUGUUUAUUUAUUGUAUGUAUUUUAUAUCGCACCGCAUCAAGACCCAAACUAACCAGUGUAUAUGUUACAUUCCAAAUUUCGCUUUCAGGUCUGAUUUUCCAACUCAUGCAUACAUAUAUGUGUUCAAGGUUCAGUCUCUUCUAGAUUUAUUGAAGCCAUCGCACAGACCAGUUGCCAUCAUUUCCAGCAGAGUAGAACAAAGAUGCAGAGGUGAGUUGGUGAAGAAGGUUUUACUGAAGAUUGAAGAAACGCGUUCCGGGACUUGAAGACGAUUAGUUAUAUAGUGCGCGUUUCGAGCCUUCGUCCCAAAAUGCAGUGCUUUACUUAUUUUAUAGUCAAGAAGUAGUUUUAGUGCAGUUAGUUUAUUAUUUAUCUAUCGUUGUUUGCCAGUGGCAUUGUAAUAGCUAAGUAACCCUUAGCAAACAGUAAAUCCGGAACUAGUAU